GGGAGGGAGGGAGGGAGGCGGGAGGCGGCGGCGGCUCUGCCCAUCGCCAGGGCGGCGGCCGCCCAGCCGGAGCCCGCCGAGACCCGCGCGGCCCGCUCCGCUCCGCUGCCGUCGCCCCCGCCACCCCCCCCGAUGCGCGGGGGUCGCUCCGCUGGGUCCUUGGCCUUGGCGGCGGCGGCGGCGGAGGAGGAGGAGGCGGCGCAGGACGGGCGGCUGCGGGCUGCGGCGCGGAUGGAAGGUCCCCGGGUGGAUGUUUGCUGAGCGGAGGAGGCUGUGCAGUAGGCAGGGCUGGCGGGUCGGCCGGUGUUUCUGAUUUGUGUGUGUGCGUGCGUGUGUAUUGUUGUGCGGCGCACGGGCAGGAGCGGCGUGUGCGGGAGCCUGGGGUCGCGGCUCUGCCUCCUCUGCAAAGACUGAUCCAGGAUUAUGGUCUAGGUGAAGGGAGAAGGCUCUUGCGCACCCCAAGGAUUGAUUAUGCUCGGGUUUUGAUCGCGUUCGGGGGUUUCUGCAGCCGCGGACGCCUCCCCCUCCCCGGCGGCCCCCCUCCCUUGUUUUCCGUUAGAAACACGGGCAAGAAAAUAAAUGUAUUCACUGGGUGUCGCAAGAGCAAAGGCUAAAUAGUCAAAGGUAACAGCAGCGGCGAGGCGAAGAGACCCACACUGUAUCCCGCUCCCCCACUCCCAGACCUGCCCUCCUAUUUAUUGGCGAGACCUCCCUCCCUCCCUCCUUCCCUCCCUCCCCUCCCUCCCUCCCUCCCCUCCCUCUCGGUGCGAGUGCGUUGUGCGAGUGUUCAAUCCCGGGAAAAGUGCAGCCAUCCAGCCAUGGUGGUUUUCAAUGGCUUGCUGAAAAUCAAGAUAUGCGAGGCGGUGAAUCUGAAACCCACGGCGUGGUCUCUGAGGCAUGCAGUGGGUCCCAGGCCACAGACCUUUUUGCUGGACCCUUACAUAGCCCUCAAUGUGGACGACUCCAGGAUCGGGCAGACCUCAACCAAGCAAAAGACCAACAGUCCUGCUUGGAACGAUGAAUUUGUCACCGAUGUUUGUAAUGGCAGGAAGAUAGAGAUGGCUGUUUUCCAUGAUGCCCCCAUCGGGUACGACGAUUUUGUAGCUAACUGCACUAUACAGUUUGAGGACUUGCUGCAGAACGGGAGCCGCCACUUCGAGGACUGGAUUGACUUGGAGCCAGAAGGGAAAGUGUAUGUCAUCAUAGACCUUUCAGGAUCGUCAGGUGAAGCACCCAAAGACAAUGAAGAACGUGUGUUCCGGGAACGUAUGCGCCCUAGAAAGCGGCAGGGUGCUGUGCGACGCAGAGUACAUCAGGUUAAUGGACACAAGUUUAUGGCCACCUAUCUUAGACAACCAACGUAUUGUUCGCACUGCAGAGAUUUUAUAUGGGGUGUAAUAGGAAAACAGGGAUACCAAUGUCAAGUUUGCACUUGUGUAGUCCACAAGAGAUGCCAUGAACUUAUAAUAACAAAGUGUGCUGGCUUAAAAAAACAGGAAACUCACGAUGAGCAAGUGGGAUCCCAGCGUUUCAGUGUCAACAUGCCUCAUAAGUUCAGCAUUCACAAUUACAAAGUGCCCACCUUCUGUGACCACUGUGGUUCAUUGCUCUGGGGUCUUCUGAGACAAGGUUUACAAUGCAAAGUUUGCAAGAUGAAUGUACAUCGACGCUGUGAAACAAAUGUGGCACCAAACUGUGGAGUGGAUGCUAGAGGCAUAGCUAAAGUUCUUGCAGAUCUUGGAGUCACUCCAGAUAAGAUCACUAAUAGUGGGCAGAGGAGGAAAAAGCUAAUUGCAGGUGCAGAGACUCAACAACCAGUUCCUGGAAGCGCAUCAUCAGAAGAAGAUAGGUCUAAGUCAGCACCAACUUCUCCAUGUGAUCAAGAAAUCAAAGAGCUGGAAAACAACAUUAGGAAAGCAUUAUCAUUUGACAAUCGGGGAGAGGAACACAGAGCAACAGCAACAACAUCAACGGACAACCAGCUUAAACCUGGGGAGAAUGGUGAAAAUGGGGAAGUCAAACAGGCCCAGACCAAGAGAAUAGGCCUUGAAGAGUUCAACUUCAUCAAAGUAUUAGGGAAAGGCAGCUUUGGCAAGGUAAUGUUAGCUGAGCUAAAAGGAAAAGAUGAAGUAUAUGCAGUGAAAGUUUUGAAGAAAGAUGUCAUACUUCAAGAUGAUGAUGUAGACUGUACAAUGACAGAGAAGAGAAUUCUGGCAUUAGCACGGAAACAUCCGUACCUAACACAGCUUUACUGCUGCUUCCAGACAAAGGACCGCCUCUUUUUCGUCAUGGAAUAUGUAAAUGGAGGAGACCUAAUGUUUCAAAUCCAGCGUUCACGCAAAUUUGACGAACCUCGAUCCCGCUUUUAUGCAGCAGAGGUCACAUCAGCACUCAUGUUUCUUCACCAACAUGGCGUCAUCUACAGGGACCUGAAACUGGACAAUAUUCUUCUGGAUGCAGAAGGCCACUGUAAGCUGGCUGACUUUGGGAUGUGCAAAGAAGGGAUUCUGAAUGGAGUGACCACCACAACCUUUUGUGGCACACCCGACUAUAUAGCUCCAGAGAUCCUCCAGGAGUUAGAAUAUGGCCCGUCAGUAGACUGGUGGGCUCUGGGUGUUCUCAUGUACGAAAUGAUGGCUGGGCAACCCCCCUUUGAAGCUGACAAUGAAGAUGAUCUCUUUGAAUCCAUCCUUCACGAUGAUGUCUUGUAUCCAGUCUGGCUCAGUAAAGAAGCCGUCAGCAUUUUAAAAGCAUUCAUGACAAAAAACCCCAAUAAGCGGCUUGGCUGUGUGGCGUCACAAAACGGGGAAGACGCAAUUAAGCAGCAUCCAUUUUUCAAGGAAAUUGACUGGGUUCUUCUAGAACAAAGGAAAAUCAAGCCACCCUUCAAACCUCGGAUUAAAACCAAAAGGGAUGUAAAUAACUUUGAUCAAGACUUUACACGAGAAGAACCAGUAUUAACGCUAGUGGAUGAGACAAUUAUAAAACAAAUCAAUCAAGAAGAAUUUAAAGGGUUCUCUUAUUUUGGAGAAGAGCUACUGCCAUAGACAACGUUAGGCUGACAGAUGAAUGAUGCUGCAAGAAGUGAUUCUGAAGAGAUCGUCAAAUUACUGAGACUCAGUAGAUCAAGAACUACUUUUCUUACCCUGAGCCCAUAUCCCCAACUAAAGUAUAUAUUUAUUGUUUUUUUCCUUUAAUCUUCUGACCUGAAAGCACUCUUAAUUUCUGUCUCACAAAGCAAUGCAAAAUAAUUUUGUAUCAGAAAUUGUAGAUGUAACACACUGCCGUAUAUUUGCAACUUUUCUUUUAUUCCUAAGAUCUCCCCAGAGGAAAAAAUUGCAUCUUUUCCAUGGAAAACGAAGCUCUGCUAUUAAAAGCAAUUUAGCAGAUCACGUUCUGUAAUCGUCAUAUGUAUUCAAGCUAAGAAGGUGAGAACUGUUUCUUCUGCACUGGUGGUUAUGGUGAGAUCUGCAUUCAAAUGUGGAACAAAUCAGUAAUAUGUUGCCCUUUGGUAGGCAAAGAAGUCUACCUUUGUGGAGGUGUAAUCUUCAAUUAUUAAUUUAUUGUGGUGAGGUACAAACUCAAAAUAAAGCUGUCCAGAAAAAGAAGCAUAUUAGUUAAGGCUUUUGAUGAAGCUCCUUGUACAAUUUGUGGUAAACUCUUAGGAAUAAGAAGAGUCACAAAGAUAACUGAAAUUUUAUUUAAAGCAGGAAAUAGAUACUAUUUGGAAAGUUAUUAAAGGGCUAAAGAAUAAAAAGCCUAUAGUACUUUAACACAGCUAUAUAUAGGCAUUUUACAGUUUUUCAGGCAAUUGGGUGUACUGUCCAUGUUACCAAAUUUAAUAUCCAUUUAAAUAUCCAUUAAUAUGAUGGCAAUCUCACAAAUGUUUACAGUUAAUUUUACAUAAAAAAUUAAUUAUAAACAUUAUACAUUUGCCUUUUCCAUUGUAUCCAAGUUGAUAAAUAAUUUCUUAUUUAUAUUUAUUUUCUCAGCAGUGUGUUACUUUUGCACACUUUUACAAAACCAUAAUACUACUGUGUUUGUUGGUUUUUAUGUUUAAAAUCUAAAGAGAAAUCUGCUUUUAGAAGACGCAAAAUAAAGCUACACGUGCAUUAUGUGGAAGUGUGUUAAAAAACUGAAGAUCAAACAUUCACAAACUGACAUUAUUGAAAGUUGUAAAUUGAAUUUUUUUGUGUAUGAAUUGAAGUGGUAACUCAUGUGGACAAUAUUACUAAUGUGAAGUUACCUCCUGUAGAUACGCUAACAGUGUUAUGUACUUAUAUUUCCAGGAGUACCCUGUGGUUUGUUGGUUUUGGGGUUUGGUUUUUUUUUCUGUACAUGUAUCGCUGAGGUCAUUUUAUUAUAUAUUUUACUGGACUGAGUGAGCGGUCAUUGGAAUCCAUUUUAAUUGUUGCACAUGGAUUUCCAGCUGCACAAAAAUAUAUAUACUUGUGAUUGGCAAAGUGGCACUAAAGCUUUUUUGCCUUUUGUACAGGUGAGAUUUUGUAUAUAGUGUUUGCUGCAAGGCCUGUGGAAUUCAUUGAAUAUAGAGGUAUCAACUGCUGCAUGUUCAGGCAUACUAUUAAAAUGUUAGUCUAUGAAAGAAUAAUUAUAAUAAUGUCCAUGUGCAAUACUCUUGUAUGUGUAUUGGUUCAAGUUACUGUCAGAGAGAUGAGGUUUUUGUUAUAAAAGAUGUAGACAUAUAUUAAGCUAUACUAAAUCUCUUGUAUAGUUCUCUUCAACUCUAUUAUGACAUGAUAGAGCUCAGAAAGAGAAAGGAAUGUUACAAAUCAUGGUGGACAAAGUGUGAAUCAUUGGCUUUAAGAGAUAAUCUUGGUCUCAAGCAGAUGAGUUAGUUUGUGUCAGUUUUGUGUCUGGCUGCUCAUAGCCUAUUACUGAUGACAACAUUCAGUUCCAUUUUGUUUUGUUUUUAAAACUCAGGUGUAAUUAUUAUAUAUAUUCUUAUGAUGAUUUCAAAAUAUUAAAUAUUAUGAUAUAUCAAUUAAUGUGUUGUCUGGCCUACAGGUGUAAUAGUGGAUCAAGCCUCUAGUUUAAUUUAAUUUAUCUUCAGUAAUCUUUUGUACUGGGAAAAGACCUGCUUCUGGAGCUGAGUACCAGCACAGAAACAUCUUAAUGAUUGCAUCAUCUCAAUGUUUAAAUUUCUUUCUCUUUUAGAAAUAUAUUGUAGAACUGCCCAUCAAUUUGUGUCUCACCACUGGCUCUGUUUAUUUCUCAUCACAGUUAGCUUUUGACAUCCAGGCAAGAACUGAUCACAAUGCUAGAGCGUUCUUUUCCAUAGGUGAGUAGACUGGCUAGGAAGACAAGUUAUCAGAUAGUGCACUACUGUUUGUACAACAAGAGGCCUUUACACAAAACUCUGAGCGUUUAUUUUGAAGGAAUAAAUGCAUCCCAUAAAGCUUUUGUAAGCAAGCUAUGUAGUCUGUAUCCCUGUUUCUAACAUGAAUAUAAUUAGCAAAUGUUUGUAUUUCAAGAGGCCUCAGCACCUGCAAUGCUUGGUAGGAUGCUACGAGAAAAGUCAAGGAGAUAAAAACUUUUGCAUGGGCAGAUAUUUCUUCAAUAUAAAUAGUUAGAUCCUCUGCAUUGGGUUUACAUCCGAAGGUUUGUCUGUUACCUUGAACAUUUUUUAAAGAUAAUUCUUAAAAAUGGACAUUCUGUUACAUUUCUGCCUGUUCUGUAAAAUCUUUCCUGUUCCUUCUUUGUAAAAUGAGUGCAAAAUGCCAAAAAUAUUAUUAAUAAUAAUAAUUAUUAUAAAGAAUCCAUUGUUUCUUGUUUUUCCUCCCAAAUAGACUUUAUAAAAAAUGGAAACACAUUUUUCUCCGUAGGGUGAAAAAUAAUUCUCUCAAAAAAAGGCUUACAAAUUACCUCUUUUUAAAUUAUGUGCAGAAUAGUUCUGGCUAACUAUAAAAUGUAUUGAGUUGGGGGGGUAGGUGGUUUUUUUUUUUAUUGUGAGGAAUUAUUUGUACAGAAUUUUUUUUCUUAUGGAUGUAAUUUGAAUCUCUUGCCAUUCAUUAGUGUUAUUUCAUCGUAAACAUUAUUACUGUGCCAAAUGUACUGUAUUCAAAAGGAUGUGAAUGUGUAUUGUUUCGGAACCUAAUAAAUACAAUGAUGUUAAAUCUUA